AUGCGGUUGAACUUUGACUAUUUUGCAGUGGAGAGCGAACAUCGAGCGGCCCACAGAAACGCCAUCGCCAAUGGCGAGAGUCAAUUCCUGACGAAGAACAGCACAAGGAUCGUGAGCCAGAAAGGCGGCCUCGCCGUCCUGCCGUGCUCCGUCGCCCUCUCAGCACCCGCCACUGUCUCCUGGUUCCGCCGGAAAGACUUCCAACUGUUGACUGUGGGCCUGCUCACGUACAGCAGCGACGAUCGAUUCCAGGUGGAGCACACGCGGCAUCUGGGCAACUGGGCGCUGCGGAUAAAGAGCUGCCGGAAGGAGGACGAGGGCCACUACGAGUGCCAAAUAUCCACACAUCCGCCCCAAUCGAUAUUCGUGGAAUUGCGGAUUGUGGAAGCGGUGGCGGAAAUAAUUGAGGCGCCUGAUUUGCAUAUAAACGAAGGCUCAACGCUCAGAUUGGAGUGCAAACUCAAGCGAGCAACCGAAAGCCCACUGUAUGUUUUCUGGUACCAUGACGCCAGAAUGGUCAAUUACGACUACGACGACGGGGUCUUUGUCUCCGCCGACAAGCACGCCACUUCCAGUGUCUUGACUGUGAGAAACGCCACCAUCCGCCAUGGAGGGAACUACACAUGUUCUCCCGCAAAUGCCAGGCAGGCCAGCGUGAUCGUCCAUGUUCUGAAAGGGGAGAAACCCGCCGCCAUGCAGCACCCCAACAAGAGCAUCGAUCACCUGAUUAAUUUCGCCACUUCGUCCUUCCGUGUCCAUCUCUACAUCUUCAUUCUGGUGCUGAUGAGAAUUUGUGCUCUCAAUUGA